AUGCGUCUUUCGAGAAGCUCGCUUAGUGCCACAUUGGCGUUAACCUGCUACUCUCUGAUUGCGUCCGCUAAGGACUUGGGUAAUGUGUUUACUUCGUUAGACAUCGAACCUGAAUCCAACACCGAGAACUUACCUCAAGGUCUUUGGGAUGCUUCUCUAGGUAUUACUAUCAAGGAUUCUAUGAACCCUCAGAAUGGUGAUACUUUCACUUUGGAUAUUCCAAAUGUUUACAAAGUUUACGGAUCUGGUUCCGAUAACACUUUCAGCUUGAAGUCUGCAUCUGGCGACAGCUUGGCAGACUGUACUUCUUUCUCUGGUACUUCUUUGACCACUGACUCUAGAGUCACCUGUACUAUUACUAAUGCUAACAUCAAUCAAUUGGCUUCUGUUGCUGACGUCAAAGGUCAAAUCACUCUUCCAUUUAUUUUCUCUGCUGGUGGUUCCGAUCAAGCUCCAGAUGUCACUGCCGCUAAGGUUUACUCCGCUGGUACCAACACUGUUGAAUGGAAUGGUAUGACUGCCACUGUCUCGUUUGCCGCUGGUCCAACUUAUACUCCUGCCCUUGCUACGGGCUACAACCAGGCUACCGAUCCUAACUAUUUGGUCAGAACCUCUGUUAACAAUGAAAUUCAAGGUUUAUUCUUGGGUUCUCAAUGUUCAACUGGAUCUGUUACCGAGGAAAACAUCGAGAUUGAUUUCGCUGGUUUCUCCAGAGGUGAUGGUAACACUGGUAACUUGAUCUCAUGUUCCAAUGUGGCUAUCAAGAUGUCCAACCAGUUCAACGCUUGGAUGAUGCCAGAGACUGCUGAAGAUGUGCCUUCUACUGUCACUUCUACUUGUUCUGGUAAUGUUCUAAAGAUCAAUGCCAAGGGUUUGCCAGCUGGUUACAGAGUUUUUGUAUCUUCUUACCAAGCUCCAUCAAACUCUGGUAAUCCAAUUACUAUCAUGAACCAAUACUACGACAACGUGACUUGUUCCGAUGGUAAAACUCAGAAUAAGAUGUUCAAAAUCAACACCCAGCUGCAACUUGCAGCUGCAACUGGUAACUACCUGCCAUUCAAAAUCGUAACAAGCACCUACCCAGGUGAGGUGACAACCAUCUCUACCGUUAUCACUUCCGGAACUCAAGAAAUCAUCGUUCUUAACCCAACUCCAAGAACUACCAUCACUAAGACAUAUGAUGGCUCUGUGAUCACCACUAAGACUUUGUCUCAUGCUUCCGAUGCUUCUUUCAUCACUGUCGAAGUUGAUGUACCAACUAGAACAAGAACCACAACGAUCCCAUGGACUGGUACCGUUACAACCAGCUCUUUGAACACAGAUGCUUCUAUCUUCACCCAAGUAGUUGAGACUCCUGCACCACGCACUACAGUCACACACAUCUGGACUUCUCACUCGCAUUCAACUACAACACAACCGUUCAACCCUGCAAGUGAUAAGACAAUUACUGUUGAUGUCUAUCAACCAUCUAGUACCACCACCACCACCACUUCCAUGUACACUGGAGUGAAGGAAAUUUACACAACCAAGACUUUCUCCGAUGCCGAUGAAACUAUCACCGUUAUUGACAUUAAGCCAUAUCCAAGAAGCACUAGAUUUGUGGCCACUACUAGUACUAGUUUUUACAGUACUAUUUACCAAACUAACAGUGCUGGUCAAACUACAGGAUUGGAUGUUAUUAAGUACGCUCCAAUUACGACCAGGACAACUACUUAUGUUUGGAGUAGCUCCACUACUUCCUCAAGCUUGAUGACAACCGCAAGCGGAGCUUCCAUUGUAACUCACGUGAACUAUGUUCCACCUUUUACACAAUCUGCAGGUGGUAUUUGUGGUCCAACAAACGGUGUUUCUUCUAUGAAUUGUGCUACUAGCUUGUACUGUAACGAGAACAAUCCAAACUCCAAGUACUGUGUUACCAUUGGUACUACUACUUCGACUGUUUAUUACACUGGUACCACUCCAUCCACCACAACACUACCAUAUGUCACUUCCGACACAACCGUUGUGGCAUAUCUGCCUCCAAAAACAGUAACUCAGACCAAGGUAUGGAGCCAUGUUCAAACCUCUACGACUACUGAAGCUUAUCAAACCAAUGAUCCAACGAAGUACAUCGACAUCCUUGUGCCAACAACAACUACCAUCAAAAGCGUAUGGACUCAGACCACUUUCAUGACAACCACAUUGCCUACCAAAGCUGAUGACACUCAGUACACAGUUGUUGUUUACGGUCCUCCAGUCUCUUCUUAUACCUCCACUCGUUCAUAUACAGGUACGACUACUUUGUAUUCCACCUCUACAAAGAACCCAACUGAAGUUCAAGUUAUUGAGUAUGAACCAAUUCCACGUACUACCGUCACCAGAGGUUGGACCGAAAAUUACGUUGGUACUACCACUUUCAACUGUGGUGAUAUCGAACAGGCUAACCCAACUCAAAACAUUUUCCACAAGAGAGACAAUCCAUACACACAGUUGUGUGACCCACUCGACACAGUGACCACUCAAAUCACAGAGGUUGUUCAUGUGCCAUUUGUUACGUCCACUAUCAACUAUCCCUACACUGGAAAAACUACCAGUACCUCCAUAAGUUUGGAAGAUGGCUCGCGUACCGAGACCAUUAUCAACUAUGUGCCAAACAGCGUUUGUGCUACAUCAGGUGGUUUCCUGUGGUACCACGUCUNNNAGCUCAGCCGGACAAAUUUUUGGACUCAAACAGCUUGUUGUCAACUAGGUCUUAAGUGCGCUACCGACUCAUCCAAUGUUGUCUGUGUACCAGCCUCAACAGGCAGCACAGUUGUAACUAAGUACUGGACUAGCCCAACCACGAGAACCACUACUUAUACGACGUAUAUUGAUGGAUUGCCAUUUGUUGAGACUGAAAUCGACAAGCCAAUCGUGACCACAACUGUAACUACUUCAUGGAAGUCUGAUUUCACCAGUACUGUCACUACAAUUACAGGGGACAGCACUAAAGGUACUGCCACCGUUAUCGUUGAGGUUCCAAGUUCCAAGGCUCACGUCAGCUCUACUACUACGACUGCUUGGACUGGUACUGUGACUUCCACUUACUCCACUGAUGUUUCUACAAGUACGGGCUCUGAUGGUGUUGAGACCGUCAGUACUUUAUACUACGUUGAAACGCCUAAACCAAGCGUUGUUUCUACCACUUACAAGCCAUGGACUGGUACCUACACUACCACCUACUCUACCGCUGUGAACACAACUAGAGGUUCCAAUGGUGUCGAUACCAUCAGUACCUUGUACUACGUUGAGACUCCAGAGGUUUCUGUUGUUUCCACCACUUACAAGCCAUGGACUGGUUCUUACACCACGACUUACUCUACAGCUGUGAACACAACUAGAGGUUCCAAUGGUGUUGAAACCAUCAGUACCUUGUACUACGUCGAGACUCCAGAAGCUUCAGUUGUUUCCACCACUUACAAGCCAUGGACUGGUACCUACACUACCACCUACUCUACUGCUGUGAACACAACCAGAGGUUCCAAUGGUGUUGAGACCAUCAGUACCUUGUACUACGUCGAGACUCCAGAAGCUUCUGUUGUUUCCACCACUUACAAGCCAUGGACUGGUACUUACACGACGACUUACUCCACUUCUGUUCAAACCGUAAGAGGCUCUGAUGGGGUUGACACAAUUAGCACCCUCUACUAUGUCGAGACUCCAAAGUCUGCAGUAGUGUCUACCACCUACAGAUCAUGGACCGGUACUUUCACUUCUACAUUCUCCACCUCUACGACCACAUUUAUUGGACCAGAUGGCCAAACCACUGAACAAGGCGUCUAUUUUGUCGAGACUCCAGCUGCUGGCUACUACGGUAAUUCUUCAACAGUUAUGUCUUCCAGUACUUUCAAGCCAUCAGGUAGCGCAUCUGUUUCUUCCAGUAGUUUGAUUCCUGACACUUUGAUUCCUGGAUCCAGUUCGUCUGGCCAACCAGCAAAGACAGACAGUGCUACUUCAGGUGCUCAAACAUCUUCUGGUACUGCUAGUGGUAAGACCAAGACAUCUUCUACUACCCCAGAUUUCCCAACAAUCACUCCAACAUCUGCAUAUUCUAUUACAUCUGGCAAUGACGAAGCAUUCACAUCAUCUGUUGUCACUACCACUGUUUCCGGUACUGUAACAUCUUUCACUACAACCUGUCCGGUCAGUGACGAAACUCAGCAAAUCACAAACCCAACUGAUAGCCAAACUCAACCUGCCGAGCAGGCCACGUCUGUUGUCACUACAACCGUCUCAGGAGUAGUGACAUCUUACACAACCACCUGUCCAUUGAGUGACAGUACUCAACAAACUGCCAACCCAACAGGAAGCCAAUCUCAAACUGAGCAAGUCGCAACUUCAUCCGAAGAUGUGUCUGCUACCAGCACCGAGAACACGAACAAUGCAACCGAAAACGCAUCACAGGAAGCUUCCGCUGACCAAGGUUCGCAGCCAGCAGGAUCUCAAUCUGGAUAUUCUACAACAGCAGGUUCCGAUGACCAUCCAUCGACUGCUGAUUCUCAACACGGUUCUGACAACCAUUCUUCUAUGGCUUCUUCCGCUGGUCAAGCUUCUCCUGCUAACGGAGAACAAGCUCAAGAGACUUCCGGAUCUACCUCAGCCGAAGCCCAAUAUGUUGGUUCAACUUCCACCUCGAAUAAUACCCCAGUGACACCAGCAGCCGAUAUUGUACCAGGCACAGCCAACGCAACACCAACCGCCCAAGCAGUGUCACCAAGCAGCUCUGUAGUUACCGGUGCUGAAGCAUCUAAUGCUACCCCAGUUACAUCAGAUGCUAACAACACUUCUGGCGCAGCUAAUGCUACACCAACAACGCUUUCUGGUUCUUACGGAGGCUCUGCGGAACAACCAAAGUCCGCAGCCACUCCUUCUCAAUAUGCUGCAUCUUCUAGUGCUCUCGUUUCCUCGACCUCUUCGAUUUCGUUCACGACAUAUGAGGGUGGUGCAACUAGAGUCAAAGCAGCUAUGCUUUUCUUGUUGCCUCUAGCACUUUUGUGA